UCUCUGGUCCGCGAUUCGGCUUUUGGUGCAUUGGUACGAUGGAUAACGAAGCGCGAGCUGCUGAAAUAUCCCGAUGAAAAAGCAGAUUUUCAUUAUCGAGAUCUGUAUAUGAAUGAUGGCCCCAGAGAGCCAACACCGCCGCCCAUUCUAAGGGUCGUCAACCAUUCGCAACAGGAUCUCAGACAUGAUGAGCAAAGCCCCCCAGUCGCGCCGGCGUCAGAAGAAACAAGCUCGCUUUCGACGGAAGACGAAACCGAGCUUGAUCUUGACUGCCAAGUUCUGUCCCAGAUCGUCUCUCGGCCUCGGAUGUCGCAUGUUGAAUCAUACGCCAGCCUAGAAAAGGCAUAUUCAGACGCAGCAUUGCAAACAAAUGCAAGAGCGCAGCAUUCCACGAUCCAGCCAAAGAAACUGGAGAAUGGAACUAUUGUUGUUGACUGGUACACAACCGAUGAUUCCGAGAAUCCACAAAAUUGGUCGUCCCGGAAGAAACUCUUCGUUGUGCUUCAAAUCUAUCUCUAUACACUUGCGGUGUACAUUGGAUCUGCUAUAAUAACGCCGUCUCAGCCCUUUAUUGAAGCACGAUUCGGAGUUACACCCGAGGUUGCAUCAAUGGGUCUUUCUCUCUAUGUUCUUGGCUAUGGCAUCGGGCCACUAAUUCUCUCUCCUCUCUCUGAGAUUCCAAUCAUUGGCCGCAAUCCACCGUAUAUCAUCACCUUUGGCAUCUUUGUUGCAAUUUCGGCCGGUACAGCCGUCGUCGAUAACUUUCCAGCAUUGAUCGUCUUGCGUUUCCUGCAAGGAUUCUUUGGCUCCCCAUGUUUAGCGACCGGUGGCGCAAGUCUCGGUGAUAUCUACAACCUCAUCAAGCUGCCAUAUGCACUGACGGGCUGGGCUGCAUUCGCCACUGCCGGCCCAGCACUCGGUCCUGUUAUCUCAGGCUUCUCAGUCCCAGCUACAAAUUGGCACUGGUCAUUAUGGGAGAUUCUCUGGCUUGCCAGCCCUGUCUUUGUACUCAUGUUCUUUUGUCUGCCAGAGACAUCCACAGCAACGAUUCUACUUCGGCGUGCUAGGCGACUCCGUCGAUUAGCUAACAGUCAUAACUUACGAUCUGAAUCGGAAAACGAACAAGCUGCGCUUACUGUCAACGAAGUCAUCGUGCAGAGCCUAUGGCGGCCUCUUCAAAUCAAUCUGUAUGACCCAUCGGUGCUCUUCACUAGCCUAUAUAUAGGCCUCAUGUACGGAAUUUUCUACUCCUUCUUCGAAGUGUUCCCGUUCGUCUAUGCUACAGGCCUCCCUGGUCUCGCGUCUCCGACGAAUGGUUAUGGAUUGAAUGCUGGUCAAGUCGGCCUUAUUUUCCUCUCCAUUAGUGUUGGUGUUGCCAUUGCAAUACUUGGCUACCUCGCAUAUCUAUGGUUCGUCUUUGAACCCGAAGUGAAGACACAGGGAUUGGGUGAACCCGAGCGCCGACUUAUCUGUGGUCUUCCUGCUAGCUUUCUCGUCCCAAUGGGCCUCUUUAUGUUUGGCUGGACAGGAAACUCUAGCCCAGAAAUACCGUGGAUCGUUCCGACAAUCGGCAUCACAAUUGUUGUCAUUGGCAUCUUCAUCAUCUUUCAGGUCGUCUUCAUCUACAUCGCGCUUGCUUAUCCCAGAUAUAGCGCCAGUUUAUUUGCAGCAAAUGACUUUGCGCGUAGCAGCAUAGCUUGUGGCGCAAUUCAUUUUUCGCGGCCGCUGUUCAUAAACCUGGGAGUCGGGAAAGGGGUCAGUUUAUUGGCUGGAUUGAGCUGUGCGGGCGUGAUUGGCAUAUUCGUGCUCUAUUUCUACGGAGGAGCCUUGAGACGAAGAAGCAGAUUUGCUGCA